ACAAACUACCAGAAGACACACUAAAAUGGAAGAUGAAACUCAUCAAACGGGCUGCGCAAUAUGCUAAUUGCCGUAUACAAUCAGUUACAGCUGAGGUGCUACUGCUAGCCAGCUGCGAUGACAACUUACUUCCGAGCAAAUCUGAAGCCUACAGGCUACAGAACAAAAUACCUAAAUCCAAAAUCUUCUUCUUUGAGAAGCAUGGGCACAACUUACUGUUGGAGCAUGGUGUCCAUGUCUCAUCCAUCAUCAAAUGUGUUGGUCUCUACCGCCAUUCGAGGCGCUAUCAUCGGGUUUUCGACUACAUCCCACCGUCCGCAACCGAGCUAAAUGAAGUCGACAAAGCUAGCAGCGACCUGACGUUCAGAACGUGCCCGGCGAUGUUCUCGACGUUGGAAGACGGCACGGUGGUACGGGGACUCGCCGGGGUGCCCGAGGACGGGCCAGUGCUGCUGGUAGGCAACCACAUGUUGCUGGGGAUCGAGCUCAUCUCUCUUGCCGCGGAGUUCAUGCGGCACAAGAAGGCUGUCGUCCGUGGCAUUGCACACCCGCUGCUGUUCCCAAAGAAGACGAAGACGUGGUCGGAGGGACACGACUUCUUCGACUUCCUCAACCUGUGGGGCGGCGUGCCCAUGACCUACAAGUACAUAUACGAGUUGCUGGCAGCUGGGGAGUUGGUGCUCCUCUACCCAGGUGGUUACAGGGAGGCAAUCCACUGCAAGGGUGAAGAGCACAGGAUUUUCUGGCCAGACCAGACUGAAUUUGUUAGGAUGGCAGCUCAGUUGAAUGCCACAAUCGUGCCGUUUGGAGUCGUCGGAGAGGAUGACCUCUUGAACGUAGGCCAUCACCUGUUAUUUCCGGAUUAAGUCCUGCCUUGCUUAAUUUGCGAGUAAACACAUUCUGCGGUCUUUUUAGGGGCUAUUUCACACUAGAAUCGAAUAGAUGAAACAUCCAUACUUCCAUAGCCAAGAUUUAACAGCCCUCAAACUGCCAGAGAUCCAAAAUUGUAAACACAUGCAUUGCAUAGCAACUAAUCAGCAUUUCCCUUA